AAGAAGCAUAAAUAGCGAUGAAGGAUGAUCAGUCCUCAGGAGCUGUAGCGGUGUUUUUUGAAGCUACAGUAGUACGGGCUUAGCAACCCCGAGGUACCCGAGCUAGAGGGGGGCCAGCGGGGCCCUAUAGAUGAGAAGUAAGAGAUACUGCAAACAGUAUUAAAAGAAUGCAGGAGUCAUGUAAGGCCUAUGGCGCAACCGAUCAGUUUCAAACCACUUCGAAACUAUGUAGUUGCAUGCGACCGUGGAUCUAGGUAAAACAAAGAUAGUGGAGUAGGUAAAACAAAGAGCGCAAACGGUUUGCAACACUAAUUUCAAAUCGGUUGCGCCCGUGUGCGUUCGGCCUAAGCUGUCUUGAUACAUUCCUGAUCUCAAUCACCGAGGACCUGAAGAAAUACAGUGAUGAAGAGGAUCAGUUCCAAGUAUCCCUAACGCGGAUUACCCGAAAUCGGUCGAAUUUGAUAAACGAGCAUCCGUUACACGGCAUAAACAUUGCGAGCGAGUUUGUGGGCGUUUAAAUCGCGGUUACCCUGUUUCGAAACCACCGUCCGCAGCCCUCGUAAUUUUUCGCGAAGUUAGGGGUAUUUUCGUGCACCCCGACAUCCCUGGUCACGAGCCAGCGGGAGUUCGAAGGUCGAGUCGCGGUGUGUAGCGUGUAGUAUGGCGGUAGACGGCAACGGCGUAAAUCGUGACGCAUACACUAGCCGACGUACGUCGAGGGGGAUGUGCUGGCAUGCUGGGGGAAUCGACGUCGGUAGGCAGAACAAGGUGGCUGACUCGGACGGGGGAUUCCCGGGCGGUUGGCAGUCGCGUGCUCUCAUCGUCAGAGUGUCUGCUCGCGGUUGCACGCGAUGCUCGUGAUUUGUUCGUCCUUUUAUUAAGAGGAAGACACCCGGGACCGAAAUGGCACAGGAAAUCCCGGAAACGACGUACGUACCGGAAGCUGAGGAGGUCUCCAGAAAGGAGCGGGAACGGCGGGCCGUUCAGGACGGGACUGCCUUGUGGAGGCGGCGAAAGGAGGAGCUCCAACGUCAGAAGCACCGCGAACAACCUCCAGCAAAUCUUGGAGAAUUAUUCGCCUUGGGGUAAACCUGGAGGGGGUGCGCCCUGCGCAGCCACCCUUAGAAAGAAAAACGUGCCGCUCGAGCCCCCGGAUCCACCCAAGUGUCAGAAUUUCGGUCAGCUGGCGCCUCUCUGGCCGUGGGGUCGUCCCGGUCCCGGCGGAGUUCCUUGGAGGGAUCCCAAGUUGCUGGGUGUGCGCUUCCUCGAAUCCCUGGGCUGGACGAGCAACUCCACCAUCGAGAGGCUGAAUCGAAGAGGCGUCAACCCCCUGGCCGUCACGGAUAUGAACAAGUUCUUCGACGAUAAGGCCGACCCAGGUAUCGCCGCGGAUAUGCAGCUGGUGCAAGAUCACAGGCACCGCUACAAUGAGGAGGUACAGGUGUACGAAUUGACCGGUGGCGUGGAAUUGGUGCCGCUUUUGACUAGCAGACGUUAUUACUCGCAACCACAAAGCACUCGUCACGUUGCAACCGACGCCACGCGUCCUGGAUACUCGAUAGAGCCAUUACGACCGCUGGGGAUGAGGAACCGCGAGUACAUCGCUGAACUCGUCGAGCAAAUCCGACGAAAACGGGAGAUCGCAUUGGAGGAACGACGGACGGAGCAGGAGAGCUGUCGUAGACACUUCGAUACCUGGAGGAGGCUCUGGGGUCGGCCAGGCCACGGUGCGCCCAUAGAUCAUGCCCAUCGUAACAAUCUCCACAACAUCCUCUAUCGUCCAGCUAUCUAUUGAAUUUCGGGCCCGCGUCUUCCGUGCUCCUUUCGCGAACUCUUGCUGGAAUCCCUUCCAGUGGUGGAAAGGGUUGCUGCCACGGGAGAUAAUAAUGUCCAGGAAGUUUACAAUAGAGGACGCGGAACAACGGAGGUUUUCGUCAGAGAUGGGCAAAGUUUCAUACGAGUAACAGGUAACGAAUAACAGUAUUCGUGGCGUUCAUUUCAGCGCGAUCAGUUGAAUUUUUAUAAACAAUAUAAUUGUUGUAAUACACUAGCAAUAAGAACUAUAUACAUGUUAGCACCAAAUUCCAUAGAAUCUGUAGUUUUUUUUCCCAGUUGGAAUUUUCAUUUAGAUAAGAAUUUUACCCAUCUCUGGAAUACGGGGAUAGAAAGUACGCGACUGUCGACGACGGGUAGGGACAAUGCGUGAUGGAUUGUUACGAAAUCGUUCGUGUCGGUCGGGAUGGAGCGAAAAAUGGCACGCGGCGUGGAAGUUGGAGUGACGUAACAGGUGAUGCAACUUCGGUAGAGGAAAGAUGAAAACGGGAGCCGCGAUAAUACGAAACAGCGUGCGCUGUAUAAUUAAUUGGCGGUUUUGCAUAGAAAGUACCGGCGGCCAGAGUGGCCAGAAGCGAAUCGAGUUAGGGGUGAAAGUUGGAACGAGAUCAGGUUUUCGGCCCAGCUGAAUAUCAUGGGCGCGAAUGCACGGCGGCUUUUUUUUCACCGGGAGAUAUUUUAACUGACACUUAAUAGCUUAAUGGGUUCGCAGAUCGAGUUAGCAGUUACAGAGGAGUUGGGAUCAGUGCUAAUGCGAAUGUUUCAAAUGAUAUUCAUUAGCGACAGAAGGCAUUUAAAACGAUGCAGUGUUGGGAAUUUAAACCAAGUUUUAUUCGAAUAACAAAUAGAUACAAUUUUAUUCAAUCGUUAUUUAUUAUUCAUUGUUCGAGUUAUGAUUGUGUAGUACGUACACGUUAUCCCACUUGUUCUUCGAAGUAAAUUUUUCCUAGCUCUGUUAGGAAACUGUACUUCGGAAAUGGAUUUUUGAAAAGCUCCUCGCGAUUUAGCAGCCCUAUAUCUCCGUUAAAUUCUUGACUUGCCAUAUUUCGUACUCUGCAAACACGAAAAAAAUAUUCUUUUACUCCAGUCACGGAGUAAAACUCUUCGAUAGAGCGAAAGCAAAAAAAUAUUUCAUCUUUUGAAACAUCGAGAAUCCGAAGAUUAAUUCCAUCCAAGGAAACAUGGAAUGGAAACCAGAACGAACCCGAGAUAACUCGCGUAGGGAUUGGAGAGCUAUUAAAUUUCAUGAAAGCCCAGCAAACGCGCGAGAAGACGUUCGAUAAAGCAGAGACGCGAUACGACUGACCAUGCCUCAAAGGAGCAAUCUCUGACAGAAUGCAGUUACGUUGGCGGAGUCGAUGGUUUUUAAAUUUCAUGAGCAUCACAGACCACGGAUUUGCAUAUAGAUCUUGAAAAGAACGGCCAAGCUUUAGGAAUAUAUUACAAAUAAAUUCUCUGCCUGUGCUUCACGUAUUGAUAACAAUUCUCUACCCAUACUUCGUGUACUAAUAACUAGUCAAACUUCUUUCUCAGUCAUAUUUUCGUUCAUAUGUAUUCGUGGCCUAUAAAUAAAUUCGUAUAUAGUAACAAUCAGUCUUCGAUUAAAUAUUAAUAAGAAUCGCAAUAACCAAUUACGUUCCUUUUGAGUAGCUUCGUGUGCGGACAGUCCAAGUCCGAAACAAAACAAUUCGUGACUGUUU